UCGGUGCAAAGUGAAUCGUAGCGUCUACACAAUAAAAACCUCAUAAGACAAAUAUAAAUAUAAAUAUAAAUAUAAAUACUAUAUAAUAAUAAAAGUGGUAAAAGUGCUCUAAAUCACAAAGCUUUAAAAGAGUGUUAGCAAAACGCGUGAUAAGUUUUGAAAGUAAAAGGCGACGAUAUCGAAAGUGAAACAAACGAUAACUAAUAUAUAAAGAAAAUAGUACAAGUUUAAGUUUUAAGACACUUUAAAAACAAAAAUAGAAACAAAAUGACUUCUGCUAUCAGUAACAUACUGCAAAGUUUGCGCCUAAGCUCGGCGUCGAAAAAACCCAAUAAUACUUCCGCAAAUCCUGCGCUGCAUAAAACAUUCCCACAGGAACCCAGCAAUGGCCUACUACCACGCGGCCUUGCCGAAAUCCCACUGUCCGUUGUGGCACAACAUGAUGAGUACUCCGACUGUUGGAUUGUCAUUUACGAUCGCGUUUAUGACGUCACACAAUUUCUCCGCGAUCAUCCAGGUGGCGAGGAUAUCAUAAUGGAGCAUGCCGGCCGCGAUGCAACUUUGGCUUUUCAUGGCACGGGACACUCACGCUCGGCGAUCGAACAAAUGGGCGACUAUCUGAUUGGUGAAUUACCGGCCAAGGAGCGCAUCUUCAGCAAGGGUAGUGCGAAAGUGCUAUCUAUUGACGUGCCACAGUGAAAGUAGAGAGCGAAAGAGAGGAAGGAAGUGUCUGAAAAACUGAUCACGCUACUCACUGUACAAUCGCUCACAUGUAUGAUAAGGCACAUGUAUGAUAAGCUUUGUGCUCACUCGUACUGAUACCAACACUGCACUCACUUGUUCCUAUAUAAAAUUUGGUGAUAACCGACUCGAAUCAGCUAGUGCCUGCUGAAUCUUAUCACUUUUGGCGAAGCAAUUCUACGCGUUAAUGAAACCUGUGACCCAUAAUUUAAGAUACGUGAGUGAAUUAGAAAGUGAUUUCCAAAGUUUAGACAUUCAAACGCAGAUAGUAUAGAAAUGAAAUUGUGUAUGUGGGAUGAAAUAAUACUGAAAUUUUUCUACAACAUAGAAAAUCCAACCAUAACUUUACAUUUUACAAAUUUGUAAACAAACACGCAUACAUACUUAUACAUAAAUUCCAAUCAAAGCUGCUUUUGAUGUGACAGCUUUCUUCAAUGCAAUUCCUGUUUACAAUGUAGUAUUGUUGUUGCAUUUAUAACUACGUAGUGUACUUAAGUAACAAAUAGUUUAAAACAGAACAUUCAAACAGAAAUUUAGACCCGUAAUAUUACUUGUUAAUAUUUAUAUUAAAAAUUGUUUCAGCAAAUUUACCGUUACUGUACCGCUAUUCAAAAUCAUAUUUGACUAUUUAUUUAACACAAAAUAUUUAUGUUGAAAAUCGUAAAAAUAUUUAUUUGCUAGAGCUAGUUUUAAGUUUAUGUAAAUGAUGUGUCUUACCGACCGUGCCGUCCACUUAAAUGUACCAAACAUAUGUAUAUAAAACUUUAAA